AUCAAUGCACAUGACAUAUCAUCAUCACUCCUGCGCAGGCAGCACAGCCCCACCAAGAGCUGUAGAGUAUUAGGCCCUGCGCAAAAACACCGCAUCACCUUCGGUUGUAUCUCCUUUAGUAAUACAUCGCCAUCACCGAGAUGGUCUACUACGCCCGCCCGCCCGCGGACCUAGAAGCCGAUGUCCUCCCAACCUACGAGGCGGCUAUCGCUACUGUGCGGGAUCCAGCACCACUAUUCUGCAGGUACAUCCACCGCAGCGAUGUAUUCUCGGCGACGCUGGUGUGUAAAUCCUGGCACUCAGCUCUGGACCCGAUUAUCUGGGAGGCGCCGCAUCGAUAUUGGGGCAUGGGCGAGCGCAGCGAGCUAACCAGCUUUGAGCUCUUCGCACAAGUGAUCUCCUCGCUGCGACAGCCAAUCCCUCACACGCGCACGCUCUCGCUCGAACAUGUGCAGCCAUCGAUCUACACCUCUCUCCCGCCGCGGUGGCUGCACGACCUCCUCGCGGCCUUCCCGCGGCUUCAGGAGCUGCGCAUGAGCAACUUCCCGUUCCUAGACUCCGCCUCGCUCCUCGCCGUGGGGGGGCUACGGCAGCCACACACGGCGCUUCUCCGUCUCUCCGCGCCAAAGAGCUACAACGCCACCGCGGCGGGGCUCGCCGCACUACUCUCGCGCCUCCCCCGUCUGCAGUCCUUCGACCUCUCCACCUGCAGCGGCGCGGGUAGCGCCGCCGCGCUGAGCUCCAUCCCGCGCUCCGUCACCAGUCUGGCCCUGCGAGACCUGGACCUGACCGAUGCCGCGUGGAAGCCGCUGGCGGAGCGGAUGGCGCUCGGGAUUCGCUCGCUCGACGUACGUGGAAACGCACUCACUGAUAAGGCCGUGCAGGCGAUGCUCGACUACUCGUUUGCGCCGCCGGGAUACCACGAUUCCUCCUCCGCGGGGGAGGCCGCAGAGCUUCGCCCAGAAGCAGGCUUAACCCACCUCCGCAUUGCGGACAACCACCUGACCGUGGCCGGCGCAAUAAAGCUGCUCAAGACCUCACGUCUGGUGACCCUUGACCUAGGCACCCCCACCCCUGCCUCCGCUGACGGUAGUGGCGGUGGCGUUGGGGGCGGCGGGGGCGGGGGCGGCGGGGGUGGUAACAUACUCGCCCUCCUCCCAGCGCUCCUAACCUCCCACACCCUGCGCACCCUCCGCGUUUCCCACCGCCUCGUCACAGACGCGCACGGCCUGCGACGACACAUGCUGCCGCGCCUACGCACGCUAGUGCUCUGCGGCGUGGCCGAGUGGAUGCCGCGCGCGCAAGUGGCGGGGUUGCUGCAGUUUAUUGAUACCCCCGCCGCGGUCGAGGGGGAGGGGGAUGGGUUGGUGGUUUUGGGGCUUGAGAUGGUGGGGCUUGCGGAGGUCAAGAAGCUGCGUGAUGCGAAGACGGGCUGGCAGGGGAGGAUCGCGGUGGUGAGGGAUCUGGGGGGCCGCGAGUCGUACGAGACAGGUGUGGAAGGGGAGCGCUGGGGGGUGGUUAGUGAGCGGUAUUGA